AUGGAAGGUGUUCAUUUUCUUAUAAACACUCUUGCCAUAUUGGCAUUUGCAACCAUCCUUGUCUUUGCCUCUGACCCUAGCCCUCUUCAGGACUUCUUGUUUGUGAAUGGGAAAUUCUGUAAGGACCCAAAGCUUGCCAAUGCAAAUGAUUUCUUCUUUUAUGGGCUCCAAAUUGCAAGAAGCACACAAAAUCCACUUGGUUCAACAGUGACAGCCGUGAAUGUGGACCAAAUAGCAGGACUGAACACUCUUGGAACAAUCUAUGUUGGUUUCGUCACAUCGAAUGCCGAUAAUAAUCGCCAAUUCACUAAAGUGUUGAACAAGGGAGAUGUGUUUGUGUUCCCAAUUGGCCUCAUUCACUUCCAACUCAAUGUGGGAGAAGGUGAUGCUGUAGCCCAAGCUGCCCUCAGCAGUCAGAACCCAGGAGUGAUCACCAUUGCAAAUGCAGUUUUUGGUUCCGACCCUCCCAUCAAUCCUGAGGUUCUAGCCAAGGCCUUUCAAGUGGACAACAAGGCGGUUGAGUAUCUCCAGAAACAAUUCUGGUACAACAACAAUAAUUAG